CCACACCCCCCCCCCCCCCAAUUAAUUAUUUUAAUACUUUCUUGGUCAUUGCAUAAUUCCAUAUAUGUUAGUUUCUGUGUUUUUAUAAUUACAGUAGGCUAUUCUAAAAUAUAGAGAAUCAUAUAAACCCAACCAACCCAAGUGCUUCGUUUUACCCACAGUUUGAACCAAAGCAAAUUACAUUUCUACUCUGAAAUGAAUCCCUGCACUGCAGUUUUAACCCAGAUGAAUAAUUUAUUUGGUAUUUAAACAGACUACAGCUCCGUCCAGCAGCAGACGCCGUUUUGCGGCACGGUGGAAUCUCUCCGCGUCAUUACGCGCGUUUGACGAUAAACUCACCAAUUUCUGCUCCCAGCGCGGAGUUCACGAUGGACCCAGAAGACAUGACCACAGCACACGUCUUCAGAGGUCCUAGACUCUGCUCCAAACUCCGCCUAGUUCUGGUGAAGAAGCUCAACCCAGGUUUAAAAGGGAAUGGAGGUGGGGGCACUUGUCUGGCAGCUCAGUUGGCGCAGCUGCCCUGUCACAUCUGCAGGCUAUUAAUAGGCUGUGCCGGAAGGGAGAGAUGUGGAAAGGGGCUGGCGCAGGCGAGGACGGUCACAUGUGAGGCGUCCGGGACGAGUGCGACACGGGCAUCUGCACAUCGAGGGCCGCUGCGGCCAGGAACCGCAAGAAGGCAGAGUUUGAGGUCAGACAGGCGUGCGCAUGGAGCCGAUCUGGGUGCUGGUGGUGGGGCUGCUGGGGGCUGGUGUGGUGGUGGUGGAACCCGACAGCCAUGGGCCGUGUGCCCGGUGGAUGGGUGGGAUCCCGGGGACACCUGGGCACGAUGGGCAGCCAGGCCGGGACGGCAGGGGUGGUCGGAAGGGCGAGAAGGGCGACUCUGGACAGCCUGGUGUACCAGGGAAGCGGGGCGAGGUGGGCACGUCCGGGGAAGGGGGCCCAGCCGGCUACCGCGGCUUUCCCGGAUACCCGGGUCUGAAAGGAGAGCCAGGUGAGAUGGCCUUUGAUUACCGCUCGGCCUUCAGCGUGGGACUAGUGGGACCCGUAAAAGCUUCUGGCGAGCCCAUCCGCUUUGCCAAGCUCUUCUACAACAAGCAGCGCGACUAUGAUGAGCUCAGCGGCAAGUUCCGCUGUGCUGUGCCGGGCCUCUACUACUUCAACUACCAGCUGGUCGCCAGAGGCCAGGACACCAAGGUCGCCCUGUACCACGGCGGCAAGCCCGUCACCUUCAGCCUGGAUCAGUACCGAGCUGGCAAUCUAGACCAGGCCUCAGGGUCCGUGCUGCUGCGGUUGGUGGGGGGUGACGAGGUCUGGCUGCAGGUGUAUGGUGAGGAGGGGCCGGCCGGAGUCCACACCGACAACACCGCCGAUUCCACCUUCACCGGGUUCCUGCUUUACCCAGACCUGAGGGCAAAUUUGCUGGCUAAGCGCCGCCGUUAGCUGCAGGACAUGGAGGAGGGGGGUCUUGAAGAUGGGGGGGGGGGGGUUCUUUUUGGGGCGAGGCAGGAGAAGAAAAGCUGGACAUCACACCAUGGACACCAGGGGGCGUACUGCACUCUGCUCGCUUUCUAUGUUUUAGUGCACAUGACGGGCCACUGCAGGCACGUCCACCGAUGAUGUCACCACCACGGCCCCACCCCUUUUCACCGGGCAUGCUGGGAAGCCGCUCGGGUUUCAGGGUGCUGACAGCUGCCCACCCACCCGUUGGCAUGUAGCAAAGCACGGAUUUUAAUAUCACUGUAUUUUUGCUCCGGAUAAAGGUCAGGAACACGCCGCUUGGCAGCUCUGCCCCGUGCCUCACAUUGCAGAACGUGCCAGUUCCCUCUGCUCUGUGCAAUGGCUUCAAGCCCUCAGUGUCUCCCAGCAACCCCCUGCCACUAACAUCAUAGUAAUGUUGAUGCUUUUAUCCUUAUUUUUCAGAGCCACGGAUAUAGAAUAUGUAAAUGAUUUACGGUUUUGUUCAUUGAGAUGUGUCAGAAUCUCAUUAAAACUGCCAUCUCUCUUGAA